AUGUCGAGCAGCGGCGCAUCGUUUUCGUCGCCUUCGAUUCUUCGCGCGAGGAGGAACAAUACUUUGAAACACGGACGUUUUUGUGCUUCUUCUUCUUCGUUGUCUUCGUCGUCGUCGGGGACGCAUCGGAAGCGGAUGCGUCGCACGUCAUCAUCAGCAAAAUCAGCGGCGAAGGCGGACGAGGAGACCUCCGAGACGACGAGUGCGACGACGACGACGAAUACGAGUAAAAGUAACCAAAAUGAACGAGAAGCACCUUUAACAACGGUGGCCAUCUCCGGCGCGACCGGGUUCGUCGGCAGAAAGUUGACGGAAAAAUUGUUAAACGAAGGCACCAAGGUGAGAGUGUUAACCAACAAGAGCAACAAGGUACGGGCGAGACUGGCGCUCGGUCUGAAAUCCGCGUUCAAUCCAAACGUCUCCGUAUACAAAUGGGAAACGAUUACUGGGAAGUUGGAGUGGACGGAAGCGAUUCGAGGGUGCGAUGGCGUGGUGAAUUUAGCAGGCGCUCCCGUGGCGACGCGAUGGGAUAAAAAGUAUAAAGAGACGCUCGUCAACAGCCGAUUGGGGUGCACGAAUAGAAUCGCAGACGCGAUUAACAAGUUGCCGGAAAAAGAGAGACCGAGUUUAGUGAGCGCGUCUGCGGUUGGGUAUUACGGGACGACGAGGAAGGACGAGGCGUGGACGGAAGCGAGAGGACCAGGCGGGGACUUUUUGGCGAGUUUGUGCGAGAAGUGGGAGAAGGCGGCGAACAAGGCGAAGACGAACGUGACCGUGGUGAGAACCGGAGUGGUGUUGGAGAAAGGAGGAGGUGCGUUGGGGAAAAUCUUACCUUUGUUCUAUUUGUAUUCCGGAGGUCCAGUCGGGAGUGGCACGCAAUGGGUGAGUUGGAUUCAUAGGGAGGAUUUAGUGGAUAUCAUGAUUAUGGCGUUGAAGAAUCCGAAGAAAUUCAAAGGCGUGGUCAACGGCGUCGCUCCCGAACCGACGACGAUGAACGGUCUGUGUGAAGCGAUCGCGAAAGCGACAAACAGACCGAACUGGUUGCCAGCUCCGGGGUUGGCGGUGAGAGUAUUGUUAGGCGAAGGGGCGACGGUGGUUUUGGACGGGCAAAAAGUGGUUCCGGAGAAGACGAUGGAGAAAGGGUACCAGUUCAAGUAUUCUGACGUGAACAGCGCGCUCGACGCAAUCGUGAAUGGACCGUAA